UAUGUAAUCUUUUUCAAAACUUUUUUUUACGAAAUAGCGACUAAACUCUGAACUGUGUACGAGGUCAAAGGUCAAAGUUUUUAGCAAAACAAGGUUCAUGUUAUGAAUGAUACAAUUAACCUCCACAUCGGAAAAAUUAACCACAAUGAGUACUGCCAGAGGAAACAAAGAAGCUGAAAAAGCAAAUCAAGAGCUUAUUGCUUCUCUAAAGUUAAAAGUUAAAGAGCUCGAGCAAGAAGUGUCUACUUUAAAAGGAAGGCUGGAUGAUCUUAGGAAAGCAAAAAACACAACUAUAACAAAAAGAGAACGGGAACUUGUGGAAGUGGGCUUUAAAAGAGAUCCAAGAUAUGAAGCCAAAAUAGCUGAACUUGAGAGACAGAUGAAAGAAAAGCUGGCGUCCAAGGACAAAGAAAUUGAAGAACUUAAGAGAAGACAUGCAGAAGAACUUGCAGCACAGACGAAGAAACAGAAAGACUUACAGAAACAGAUAGAUGAUCUUAUGGAGAGAUUGGAUAGAGAGAGAAAAGACUGGACAGAUAAACUUAACAAGCAAAAGAACACUCCAUCAUGCAAUCAUGAUGAUGAAAUUAGUAAAUUAAAAGCUAAAAAUACUGAGUUAGAGGGAGAUAAAUCUGCACUAAUGGUGGAAAAUAAAGAUCUAAAAGAUAGAGUUAAUGCCCUUCAUUUAGAACUAAGUGUUAAGGAAGCCAAAUGGUGUGAAAAAGAGGAACAGUACAACUUAAAGUUAAAGCAGCAAUAUGGGGACAAGUAUGCUGAGUGGAUGGCAGAAACAGAAAGGAAAAUUAAUGAGCUACAAGAGACAAACCAGUUAUUACGUAUGUACCUUCACAGGUCAGGUCAGAGGUUACCUCCAGAGGCUGGCGGUGGUGUAUAGAGUCAUCCCUCUCAUCAUGAAGUUCAUCAUCAUCAUCAUUAUCAUCAACAGCAUCACCACCAUCAUCAUCACCAUCAUCAUCAUCAGUACUAGUAUUA